UGUAAACAUGGCAGCCUCCAGUGCACGCUGGCUGUCAGGCGCUUUUCCCGGACUUCGCAGCAACUGUGCACUUUUAAAGUCUUCCAGAAAUGGAGAUGUUACUGCUUUGAGGAUAUGCUGGAAUCGCAGUUAUGUGACAGAGAGGAGUUUAACCUGCUGGAGGCACAGAGAAGGAGUGACAUUGAGGAGGAUACCAGCAUUGAGACCCCACAAUGUUUUCAGCGCUCAUUUCUUCCACACUUCUUCCGGCUGCCGUCAGCAGGACUUCUAUGAAGUUUUGGGGGUUCCUCGGACUGCCUCUCAAAAAGAGAUUAAGAAAGCAUACUACCAGUUGGCCAAGAAAUACCAUCCAGACACCAACCCAGAUGACCCUGAUGCGAAAGAGAAGUUUGCCAAACUGGCAGAAGCAUAUGAGACCCUCAGUGACGAGCUGAAGAGGAAGCAAUAUGACACAUACGGCUCUGCGGGUCCGAGUGCGAGUGGGACGGGGCAGCAGCAGUACUGGAGGGGCAGUGCCAACGUGGACCCCGAGGAAUUGUUCAGGAAGAUCUUUGGAGAAUUUGCUGGGGGGCGUGGCUUCGGUGACAUCAACUCAAUGUUUGAUCAGACACCUGAAUUUGUGAUGGAGCUGUCGUUCAUGCAGGCUGCCAAGGGUGUAAAUAAAGAAAUAACCGUCAACAUAGACGACGAUUGUCCACGCUGUGAUGGAAAAGCAUUUGAACCGGGAACUAAAGUGUCUCAUUGUCACUAUUGCAAUGGCACUGGAAUGGAAUCUAUAAACACGGGGCCAUUUAUGAUGCGCUCGGCUUGUAGACGGUGUACCGGACGGGGUUUUAUCAUCAUUACGCCUUGCAUAUUGUGUCGAGGAUCUGGACAAACCAAACAGAAACAGACCGUCAUGGUUCCAGUGCCUGCAGGUAUAGCAGAAGGACAGACAGUGAAAGUGCCAGUCGGGAAGAAGUACAUGUACAUCACAUUCAGAGUCCAGAAAAGUCCGGUCUUUCGUCGUGACGGGGCUGACAUUCACUCUGAUGUGAUGAUUUCAAUAGCGCAGGCCAUUUUAGGAGGAACCGCCAGAGCGCAGGGCUUGUACAGCACCAUCGACAUCGCGAUUCCUCCAGGCAUUCAGACAGACCAUAAAAUCAAGCUGGAAGGAAAAGGCAUCCCACGCAUGAAUAGCUUUGGUUAUGGAGAUCAUUAUGUGUAUAUCAAAAUCAAAAUUCCUAAGAAACUGACAAGAAGGCAGAACAUGCUGCUUUUAAGUUUUGCUGAGGACGAGGAGGGUGUGGAAGGAACGGUUAAUGGAGUAACCAAGCCAGCCACUGGUGGUUCUCAAGCUGGACAAACCUCAACAUCAGGACAGAGCAGAGAAGAAGAGCCAGAGAAAGAGGAAGAGGGAUUUUUCUCUAAACUGAAGAAGAUGUUCACCUGAAGAUUAUAAAAGCAACCAUUAGUAUAGAUGCAUGAUAUUGAAAUCUCUGGUUUUGUACUGUAUGUAUAAUAUAUAAAGCCAUCAUUGUGUUCAAAUUUGGACUACUUUACAUAUAUUUACGCAAGUUUUGAACAGCUGACAUUGGAAUUCCAGUUUCACAAACUGCUUGGACAAAAAAUUAAACUAUUCAACAGAUGAAAAUAUUUCAGAUCUUUUUGGUGGCCAAAGACAAGAUGUAUAAAAAGAGUACUAGAAGGAAGUGCACUCAAACUUUCCAAUCAUCAAGUUACGUUUGCUCACCCAGAUUAUUACUUUCAAAAUGAAUAGAUUUAAGCUUCCAGAACCCUUAACCAAAUUUUAACCCAAUGAACACAUCCGACUAUCGUAUGCUAAAUGUGUGCUGUUUGGUAUAUGAUUGUUGGGAAUGUCUGAAUAAAUGUCACAAGAAGUCUGUUUUGUCAAACUAUGUUAGCCUACUUAAUAUUACAAUUCUGUUUUGAGGAUUUGACAAUUUAAUGCUAAUAAAGUCCAUAUUUAUUGCUAUAAUAAUUAAAGGCUAUGACUAAUGCUUUGUCUAACAGAUAGCAUUAGCACCUCUUUAGCUGUGACUAAAUUAUAAAUAAAAUUUAAUUUGAAA